GAAAUACAUUAAUAAUAAAUCGUUUUUUUUUAAAAAAAAAACUUUAAUUAAUUAAUUCAAAAACAUCGGUAAUGUCGGUAACAAACAGUGCGGCGGCCAAUGGCCAGCAACUGUCGCCACCGCUACCCGAUUGUCCGACCGAAUGGGUCAAUAUCAUCAUUAAAGACGUUGAACGCCAACGACUGCCCGACGGCAGCGGACAGCGGCCACUGAGCGACGCCUACGUCCAGUGUAGUGCUCGUAAGCGGUCGCAAACAGAGACGAAACCGUCGCCGCGGUAUAACUUGUGUAUCAGUUCGUCGCUAAAGCGGGCCAUCGGUUCCGUAAAUGUCGAACCAAUAGUGUCGUCGACUGUCGAUGAAAUUGUUGCCGAAGUGACCGCUGCUUCCGCCGCCGCCGCCGCCGAUGACCAACUGCUUAUCAACCAGUCUUUUGAUCAACAGUUGCGCCAAAGUCUGGCCAAUAGGUUAGCCACGGAUAGUGAUUAUCAACAGAUUGUUGGCCAACAAAACGCCGACCGUUUUGUUAAUAUCGGAAAGUUUUUGGCCGACGUUUAGAGGCCACACACACACACACACACGGGUUGGUUGUGUCCACACA